AUGAAAUAACCACUGGAACGCUGGAAAAUACUAGGAAUAUGUGACAAUAUCUACACUCUGUUUCACUUUUACACAAGAAAGAAAUGUCGAAAACAUCUGAAGCAGAUACAUUAAAAAGUCAAAUCAAAUAUCUUACAGAUCUUAUCAACAAUGCCAAUAAAAGAAAACAAGGGACCACAACAAAGAAGACACUUCAAAAGGCAUCAAUAGAGGUUGUAGGUCAUCAGCAGAGAACAGGGCCACAUCACCAUGUACAUCACACAAAGACUGACCUGCAAAGAUUAUCAACAGGCCAUGGCCAACAGCCACAGUGUCAGAAAUACACUGUUGGACAUCAAAAAGAGACACAAAAGUCUCUUAAACAUGGCAAGUAUGUUUGGAUGAAAAACACUGCUAAGCCAUCAGCUGGUGAAAAACAAGAAGAGAUCGUUAUUACUCCAGGACUAAAUCAAGGGACUUGUUUUUCCACUGGGGUAGGGUCCUCUUCUAAAUCAUUAUCUUCUUCAUCAUCAAAAGCAUCAAUCAGAGGAAAUAACAGAAAUGAUUUGGCAGAUUCAUCAACAGUUAGUCGAAAAUUGGUUUCUAAAGGAAUAAGUGAUGGUGUUUCUUUGCAUUCUCAGACAGUAAAAUCUGUUCUGUCAACAACAGCAGCAUCAAAACAGAUUUCUUGUAUUCAGAACAUCUCAUCCAACAUUGUAUAUGUACCAGCACCACAUUCAUCUUCAUCAUCAACAGCUGAUGUGUCAUCUUCUGGCUUGAAAAGUAUAAGAAGCCAACUUGUUCAUAAACUGAAGGGUACUGUGUCUUCGUCAGUAAAAUCUGCAUCAAAUUUGCAAUCAAAUUCAUCAACCAGUUCAUCAUCAGCUUCAAACAAAGAGGGAAAAUCUUCACUGCAGUCAUCAACACAUACAAAGCGUUCAAGCAAUGAUAUUCCUCCUCUGCUAAAAUCACAACUGUCCAGUGACUCUAGUCAGAAAAUUGUUUCACAAACACCUAGCUCUGUGUCCUCCACAAAGAAAUCUUCUGGUGAUAAAGAUGUGAUAUUGUUUACAGUCCAGUCUAAGUCACCUGGUCCUGUUGAACAAAACAUAAAGAGAGAAUUUCCACAAACACAAGAAAAGUUGUCUGUGAUUCCAUCAUUCCUUAAGAAUCGUUUAAGCAGAAAAAUGUCGAAAGAAGUUGGUAGUCUCUUGACUUCAACAAACACGGUACGUAAAGUAGAUCCUGAAAGCAAGAUGGAAAAAUCUACUCCAAGUUUGCCUUCGUCUGAAAGUGAGCAUCUUCAGUCUUCCAGAGUGCCUUCUUCAGGGGAAUUUAUUGUUCAUUCAGAAAAAGAAACCAUUUUACCUCAAAAUAGAUUCCUUGGUGCUAAGUCUUCAAGUCAGCUUUCGAAGGAAUUUAUUUCACAAGAUACAAUGUCUUCAGCUUUGUCUGCAGUUGAAACAACCUCUGUGUGCCAAGUGAGUCAACAGCUUAGUAAAACCGCUGUUUCACAUUCACCAGGAACCUAUGGUCCUGGUGUUGCAAGCACUUCACAAUUGCUAGGUGCUGGAGGGAUGAAACAGCCUGCUUCUUUGACAAAAAGCUCCACCAUCUCAGCAGAAAGUAUUAAGCUGCAGCCUAGUUCACUUGAGCAACUCUGUCCAUCCAAAGAAUCUACUGUAUCUUCUGUAUGUAAAACUUUUACUUCUAAUCAAUCUACUGCAGCAAAUCCAUCUAAACUUCCAUGCACAAAAGGUGAUCAGUCCAAAUCAAGUAUACCAAAGGCAAGUUCACCAGGGGCUAAAACAAGCAUUUCUGUAUUGUCCGAGAUGAAUGUAGGUCCAUUCAAAGGUGAAAAAGCUCUUCUGUCAGGUUCCUCUGAGAGUUUUACAAAUAAAGGAUACAAUGUGACUGCAUCAGGGUCCCAAACUAAGUCACCUAAAACCGGUCUGCAAGCAUCUGUCAGUUCACCAACUUCAUCUCCUCAGAAAUCUAGUCAACCAUCUCAAAUGAACAACACCUCCUCUCCAAGUAAAACAUUUAUUGUAGAAAAAACAGACUCUCGUAAAGAUACAGUUCUGCAACUUAGUGAGAAACUAGCAAAAACACAGGCUGAGAUUAAACGGAUGACUCGCAAUAUUACAAACGGUCAGGUGACCAUGAAGUCUAUCGCUGCCAUAAAGAAAGAAAAAUCAGCGUCUGCAACUCAGUCUCAUCAAACAAAAGUUAAAUUAUUACAAGGAGCAAAGAGUCAUAAACCACAAAAAAUGUAUGGACAGGACUCUUCAAAGGGACCAAGAUUUCCCAUCAGGAAAGGACAAACUUUUCCAUGCAGAUUGAACAGUUCUAAAUUUAAUUCACAAAUCAAAAGAUCUUCAAAGUCACUUGUUGUUUUUGAUAAAAAAUAUUCUCUAAAUAAAAAAGUGACUGCACCAUUCGAAAAGCCUGGUGAGAGUUUACCUCAGACUACGAGAUCUGUUUUAACACCAAGUAAAACACAGGUGGUUGCUAAGGUGAUCAAAUCCAAGUACAAACUAUGGAAAGUGACCUCUGGUGUGAAAACCCCACCGCCUCAUUAUGACAGUAAAUCUCUGAUCUUCCCCAAGAAGACUUUCCCCAGCAGUAGAGGGUACUCCUUUCCGUCAAACUACAACUACCAUGCUCACUGGGGAAGAGGUCGGGGUUGGGGGAAUCCAUAUGGAUACAGUUCCUAUCCAUAUUUGGGUCUGAGGAAGCACCAAACAUACCCAGGGACAAAGGACAGACCUGGAUACUACACAAGGCAUGCUGUACCUAAGGGCAUGUAUCCUGUGACUGGUAGCGGAUCCUAUCACCUGUUCACUCCACAAAAGUUCAAAAGGCCACAAUUUCCAAGGUCAAAGGUUAUCUUUGAUAGGAAAUAUGUCUUGAAGAGACUGCAACAUGACAGGAGCUCUCCCUCAAGUUUCAAACUUGACAAGAGGAGACCACCCCUAUCAGUUCCACCUGGGGCCUGUGGAGUGUCAUCAGUUUUGCAGAGUCGACUUACCUCUACUCUCCAGCCAACUAGAACACCUGGCAAAUCAAGUUUUGUGGUCAUCAAUGGCAUGCUGUAUAAAUCAAGUUCAAAAAGCCUGGUCAGAACGUCCCCAGUCAAGUCUGUAGCAUCCAGCACGGCCGACAGUUUCAGGAACUCCAGUAUUGUGGUUAAGAAGAUGCAGUCAAAGAGUAUGAAAUUAGUAACAGUUCGUGGGGUACAGUUCCAGAUGGAUGCUGGUGGCAAAACUCUUAGAAGGGUUAAUUCACCGUCCAUUACACAAGGAGACUCUCGGCAGUCACAGACAACAGUGAAGCGCCUGGAUAUCGGGGGAGUAACAUUUGUAAGGAACAGCCAGGGAGCCCUGGAGAGGGUUGGCUCUGCCAACACGCGGGUUGUCGCCAAUCGUGUGAUCCACAAAAGCAUUGCGGCAGCGACGGCCCGUUACAGGAAGAGUAACACCCUAAACAAGCUUUCCAAGCAGUAUUGCCUGUUCUUCAACAGGUUUGGCAAGUGCAAGAGGGGAGACAAGUGUCCCUACAUCCAUGACCCAGACAAAGUGGCAGUGUGUACAAGGUUUCUGCGAGGAACAUGUCGGAUGACUGGCUGUCCAUUCUCACACAAAGUCGUCAAGGAGAAGAUGCCCGUCUGCUCCUAUUUCUUGCGUGGCGUUUGUAACCGAGACAACUGUCCCUACCUCCAUGUCAAGGUCAACAAAAAUGCAUCUAUCUGUCAAAACUUUGUGAAGGGGUUCUGUCCCUUAGGAGAAAAAUGUAAGAAGCAGCACACCCUGGAGUGUCCAGUCUUUGGUAGAACUGGGCAGUGCCCGGCUAGACGUACCUGUCCUCUGAUCCACAAAACAAGAAAAGAAAAACCCAGAAGAAAGCGAUCAAUGGCCACCACUGUAGGCGAACCGCAGAAGGAACUAGACGAGCCAACACUGAAGAGGACAGCAACAGACUCAGGAAUUACAGAAAUGGAGGACAACACCUCAGGUGUUCCAUUUAAAUUACAGAAACUUCCCACGUUUAUCUCCCUUGGUAGUAGUACGGAAACACAAACACAAACACCAGCAGUAAAGGCCAUUCGCAUCAAGCCUAAGUUAUAAAGCAGCAGUGAAAAGGUAAAUAUGUUGGUUAUUUAUUUUAUGGAUGGUAAUUUCAUGAUAAUUAAAUGUGUAAAUGUAAUAUUGAUGUGACAAUGUAAUAUUAAUGUGACAAUGUAAUGACAAUGUAAUAUUAAUGUGACAAUAUAAUACUUGAAGAAAAUAUGGAAAGAAGUGAUUUACAAAAUAAUGAAAUUUUCAAAAUUUUUCUUCGAUUCAAUUCUUUACAAAAUGCGAGCAAGUCAGAGUAAUUUAAAAUGCUAUAUUGUUAAGCUGGGUAAAGAUAUUUGCUAUAUUGUCAGUCAUUAAUGCUGUAACACUAGAACUAAUUCCAUAUUGUACUAUCCAUUUUGUCUAUUUUACACAGGUAGCAGGUAUAUCAGGGGACUAAAUGUGCUGUACUAUUAAGUUUGUCUUUCUUUCACAGGUAACAGGUUCACCAGGAAUAGUGAUGGUUAGUCUAUCAAUUUAUUUAAUUAUGCUUGAUAUUGCUAUCACCUGUUGCCUGAGUGGAGUAAAGAAUUUUCUUGUUUUUAAAUUUAUGUUUAUUAUGCCCUAAUUAUAUGUCAUUAACAUUAUUGAAAUUCUUAACAACUUAAUUUAACUCGGAUAAAAACUGGUGAAAGAUUUCAGUUAAAGUGUCGUUGGAGUAAAAGAUCUCAGAUGUUUUUGACAUUUGCUGGCCUGAAAUCAGACUAGAUAGUUCUACAAUGAUAUUUUUGAUGACAAAUGUCUGAAAUAUGAAAUAUCAUAAUUUUAAUAUUUGAAAAAAAUUGAUUAAACAUCGAUGUGAGCUUGCACCUUUUUGAUGAUCUGAAGUUGUGCAAUGGUUUUAUGAGUGUGAUCUAUGUGUAUUUUCUUAAUAAAGAAAUAAAAUAUAAA